AAUAAGGACAGCAGUGAACGUGAGCCCAAGCUGCCCAGGCAAGAUGAAGAGGAGCCCAUCAAGCACAAGGAGAUCAAACUGCGCAACUAUGAGCCUGAAGAUGAGGAGCUGAAGAAGAGGAAGCUGCCCCCAGCCAAACCAGCAUCAGUGGAAGACACGGUGAAGGACCAGUUGGAAGCUGCCAAACCUGAGCCCAUCAUCGAUGAGGUGGAUCUGGCAAACUUAGCUCCCAGGAAACCUGACUGGGAUUUGAAGCGAGAUGUAUCCAAGAAGCUGGAGAAACUGGAGAAGAGAACACAGAGAGCCAUCGCUGAGCUGAUCAGAGAGAGGUUGAAAGGGCAGGAGGAGGAGUUGGCAGCUGCUGUGGGAUCAGCAAAGCAGGAGGGAAGUGACUCUGACUGA